AUGGAUCGAACGAAGGUCACUGGCAGGAAAUUUUAUCCAUGGAUUGUUCUUGAGAAAGGGGGCAAAAUGCAGAGGAAAGAAUGCCUGGAUCUCAUCGCAUCCGCAAGAACCCUAUCCGCGGCAAAGAAGAUCCACGCCUCGAUCCAGGGCUUCCUGGACAGCCGCAAGAACGAUCUCUUCCUCGCCAACAAGCUAGUGGAGAUGUAUGGCAAAUGCGGUAGCACCGAGUACGCCCGGCGGAUCUUUGAUCUCAUGAGCGCCAGGGACGUCUUCUCGUGGGAUAUGAUGCUCUGCGCCUACGCUCGCAAUGGAGACGUCGAAUCGGCCGCGCAAUUGUUCCUGGCCAUGCCGCGGCAGCAUCUCAUCUCCUGGAACAUCAUGCUCUCGGCGUAUUCCCAGACCGGGCAUCUGGAUCUCGCCGGCCGCGUCUUUGAUACGAUGCCGCUGCGCGAUCUCGUCUCCUGGAAUGCGAUGCUCACUGCGCUCUCACACGCCGCCGCUAUCGAUCGCACGAUGACGUUGUUCGAAGCUAUGCCGGAUUGGAAUCUCCUUUCCUGGAACGUUGUCCUUGCCGCAUUUGCCGAGAGGGGCCAUCUUGAAUCGGCCAAGAGGGUCUUUGAUGCGAUGGGCGAGAGGAGCUUGGUGUCCUGGACCGCGAUGCUGCAGUGCUACGCGAGAUCGGGCAAUCUGGGUGAUGCGAGGCGGAUGUUUGCUGCGAUGCCGGAGAGAGAUCUUGUCUCUGCGACAGCGAUGAUCGUGGCACUCGUCCAGAGCGGUGAUCCUACCGCGGCAAAGGUGAUGUUUGAGGAAAUGCCGAUGAGCGAUCUCAUCUCCUGGACUGCGAUGCUGGUGGGAUUCGCGCAGUGUGGCCGGAUUGACGACGCGAGAGCUACGUUCGAGGCGAUGCCCGUGAGGAAUCUCGUGUCGUGGACGGCGAUGGUGGCGGUGUAUGCGCAGAAGGGGAAGAUGGAUGAGGCGAUGGCAUUCUUCUCCGCGAUGCCACAGCGGGAUCUCAUCUGCUGGAACUCAAUGCUCGCGGCGUAUGCCCAGAAUGGGCAAUUGGAGGAGGCAAAAAUGUUGUUUGACACGGUUCCACAGCGGGAUCUCGUCUCGUGGACGGCGAUUCUGGUGGCUUAUGCCCAGCACGGACACAUCGAAGAAGCAAAGCGAUUGUUUGAUGCGAUGCCACAGCAGGAGGUCGGGUGCUGGAACGCGAUGCUCGCAGGGUAUGCCCAGAAUGGGCAUUUGGAGGAUGUGGUGGUAUUUUUUGGGGCAAUGCCGCAGAGGGACUUGAUCUCCUGGACGACUGUUCUAUCGGCGUACUCGCAGCACGGCCGCCAGCAUGAUGCUCGACGAGUAUUUGAUUCGAUGCUGGAGCCUGACAGAGUUUCGUGGUCGGCCAUCCUCGCUGCUUAUGCCAACAACGGCGAUUCCUUGCGGGCGAUCCAAGUCUUUCACGAGAUGAAGAUGGUGGAGCUCGCGGACGAGACGUGCUUCGUGUCCGCGUUCCUGGCUUGCAGCCACAAAGGCAAAGUUGAGCUUGGGAGGAGCUACUUUGGAUCUAUGAGCGUGGAUUUUGGAGUAAAGCCGAGCAAGCAACACUACUGCUGUAUGCUUGAUCUUCUGGGACGCGCUGGACGCUUGGACGAUGCGCAGGAGCUCAUCUACACCAUGCCGUUUGUGCCGAGUGCUCUGGACUGGACGUGCGUGCUUGCCGGGUGUCGGAGUCACUCGGAUUCCAAGCAUGGAGCUCAGGCAGCCAAGUCCAUUGUGGAGAUGGAUCCAAAACAUGGUUCUGGCUACGUGCUGCUGGCAAACUUGGUGAGGAACUCUGCGAAGAAACCGGCAACAAAAACCAGUCCUGCGUGCUCCAAAGCUUCAUGACGGAAUGCCCGGUGGAACUGACGACUUUCGCUCUACUAUUACAGAUUCAAAGGGGGGAGCACUGAAGAGCCAAAUGUCUGGGAGGGGUCCAGGCGGAUCUGACAAGUAACUGGUUGAGCUGGAUACGGCAGCUGCAAACGCAAGCUCUCGAGAUUCAUCAGCAACUUUAACAUGCGCGGGGCCUAAAGUUUGACUCGUAGUUCUCGUGCGAGUCGUUUUCUCCGGUGCUUUUGCGGCUUUCCCGAUUGUGAGAGCAUCGGAGUACCAUUUCUGGCUAGCUUCCAAGGUAGAGAGAUUUCUGUCGCAGACAAAGCGGUAGCUCCCAGAUUUCUGGACGACUGCCUGACUGGCUUCAGUCAGUCAGUCGACCAUCAAAGCUUCCGUUGCGAUCUAGCUGCGUUUUCUUUUUUCGUUUCCUCGUAGGUAGAUAGAUUUCGCGAUUGGUCGGUUCGAACUUACCAAUGCGUCCCAGCUGCAGGGAAAUCAAUCGCGCAGAGCUUAAAAAACUCGCACGGGUAUUGAAAAAACUGGGCAGGCACUCACUCCAUCAUGUGAUCCUCUCAAGAACACAGACAACUAAAGAAGAAAAGGUUUCAUUGACUAA